AUGACACACAAUUAUCCCAGCACGAUAGAAGAUCUCACUAAUGGUGAUGUGGCAGAUGAUUCUUACAACCAGUACAAAAGAGACGUGGAGAUGAUGCGAGAGCUGGGCUUACAAUUUUACAGAUUCUCUUUGUCCUGGCCCAGAAUUCUACCGACUGGGUUCCCUAACAAACUGAACGAACCGGGAAUACAGUAUUAUAAUAAUUUAAUAGAUGAAAUGCUCAAAUAUAAUAUCGAACCUAUGAUUACUCUCUACCAUUGGGACUUGCCUCAAAGGCUACAAGAAUUGGGUGGCUGGGCUAAUCCCCACAUCGCAGACUGGUUUGCAGACUACGCAAGAGUAGCUUUUGAAAAUUAUGGAGACAGGGUAAAAUAUUGGAUUACUAUAAAUGAACCUUAUGAUCUUUGCGCACCAGGCUAUGGAGAUGGAUUUGCAGCCCCCAUGGUCGUUUCAAAAGGUAUUGGAGAAUACAUGUGUGCUAAGAACUUACUGAUAGCUCAUUCUAAGGCGUACCACAUUUAUGACAAAGAGUUCAGAUACAAAACUAAAGGAAUAAUUGGUAUCUCCUUAAGUGCUAAAUGGCACGAACCUGAAUCUGAGGAUGACACUGAAAUUGCUGAUCAUAUGCGACAAUUUCAAUUUGGUCAAUUUGCUCAUCCCAUUUUCUCAGAAAACGGUGAUUUCCCUCCUAUAAUGAAAGAAAAAAUUGCAACCAAAAGUGCAGAACAGGGCUUUUCUCGCUCAAGAUUACCGGAAUUCACCGCAGACGAAAUAAAACUUUUAAAAGGAUCAGCCGAUUUUCUAGGUCUAAACCAUUACACCACGCAAAUUAUACGUCAGGACGCUUCUGCUACAUAUGAUGUCCCUUCAUUCUGGGAUGAUAUUGGAGGUACAACCUAUCAACUUGAUGAAUGGGAAUCCACUGCCUCGCCAUGGCUAAAGGUUGUCCCUUGGGGAUUUUACAAGAUUUUGAAUAAAAUUAAAGAAACGUACGACAACCCCACUAUCAUAAUUACUGAGAAUGGUUUGCCAACGUUCGGAGGCUUGGAUGACGACAAUCGAGUGGCAUACCUUAGAUCUUAUAUCGGCGCUAUGUUGGACGCUAUGGAUGAUGGAUGUAACAUCAUUGGAUACGCAGCCUGGAGUCUCAUGGAUAACUUUGAAUGGAUAUACGGAUAUCGAGUGCGUUUCGGUUUGUAUGAAGUCGACCAUACGAGUCCAAAUCGUACGCGCACACCUCGUAAAUCCGCAUUCGUAUACAAGGAGAUAGUGCGCACGCGAACCCUCGACACCAGCUACGAACCUGAUACCAACCUCAUGACCAUCGAUGAAGGGCACUAG